AAAGGUAAGAUAUUUCUCUUUCUCUCUCUCCAGCAGAUCUUAUUCCUGUUGUUGACGAACAGACGACAGACGCAGAAGCUCCGCCCCUGCUGACUAAACAGGAAGUAACGGAGGAAGGUGGCGGUUCUACUCGAGCUUGGGCGAGCGAGGAAGUCAGCUCCACUUCAGUGUGCGUCCAGAAUACGACAAACACCAGCCAGAGUUUAGAAACCGGCAGCUUCGACUGUCUGAUGUUCGAGCCACAGCUUCAGCACGGCUCAAUGAGUACCCAGAAUCCUUUGCCAGAGGAUCCCAGCUGCUCGUACGCGUCGAACACCAGAGGGAGAGUUUCAGCUGCGUCCGAUUCGGGCAGCGUUUCUUUCACCGUCGGGGAGCUGAGCCCGCCGGUGGCAGAGUGCAGACAGCCUGCAGGCUUACAGAACAACCAGCAGAUGGCGCUGCAGCUUCCUGCGAGAAAAGAGACGAGAGAGAGGCAAAGUGCUUUCCUCAGACGGGACCGGUGGAGACAUCUGGACGCCGCGAGCAGGGUGUCCAGUAACAGCGGGGAGGACAGCGCGGGGAAAACGUUUGUGUGCAACUACUGCGGGAAAACUCUGGCCUGCCUGAAGAACCUGAAGACCCACAUGAGGGUCCACACGGGCGAGAAGCCGUACGUCUGCAUGCUCUGCGGAAAACGCUUCUCCGACCCCAGCAACCUGAAACGCCACCAGAGGGUGCACACGGGAGAGAAACGCUACAACUGCGUCCACUGCGGCAAACGCUUCGCCCAGUCGGGAUCCCUGAAGGUCCACAUGAGCGUGCACACGGACUGCAAGCAGUUCAGGUGCUCGCACUGCGGCAAGACUUCAUCUCCAGCAGCCACCUGCGCCGCCACGUCACCACGCACGCUGAAGAGAAUAGAUUAA